UUAUUAUACACUCACGCAAACACAACAUCACACUUGCACUCUCAUUCUAAGUUUCUAAACCAACUCAAACACCACUUUCCAUCUUAUACAUCCUUAAACACUUUCGUUUGUUACACACGUUGUUGUGUUUUUUUUUUUUUUUUACGUUGCUGUUAAGUUAUGGCUGAUGAAGCUUCUGGAGAUGUUGAUCUAAGGUUGGGAGAGCCCAAGGCGCCUAAAGAGGAGCCCGAGACGGAGGAGGGGUCUGCCAUACGUGUGAUGCCGGUGGCGGUUCACGUGCCGGCAGGGAUGUCCAUGUCCAUGUCCAAGGCUCUGGCCCAAGCCCAAGCUCAGGCCCAAGCCCAAGCCCAACCACAAAAACGGGCCUCCACCAAAGACCGUCAUACCAAAGUAGAGGGCCGAGGUAGGAGGAUCCGAAUGCCCGCCACGUGUGCGGCACGGAUCUUCCAGCUGACCCGAGAACUUGGUCAUAAAUCCGACGGCGAAACCAUCCGGUGGCUUCUCGAACACGCCGAACCUGCCAUCAUCGCCGCCACCGGCACCGGUACCGUCCCCGCCAUCGCGAUGUCCGUCAACGGAACCCUAAAGAUUCCAACCACUUCACCUUCCGACCAAGAACCCGGAGACCAGCCCGAGAGGAAGAAGCGCAAACGACCCGCGAAUAGCGCCUACGUUGACAUAAACGACGCCGCCGUUUCGAUCUCCACCGGGCUCGCAAGCUCUAAUAAUAAUAACCAAAACGCAGCAACGACGACGACGAUGACAAUUCCGCAACAUACAGCAAUUCCUUUGCCGCAAGGAAUGGUUCCCGUGUGGGCCAUACCUUCAAACGCCGUCGUUCCGGCAGCAGGCGCGUUUUUUGUGGUUCCUCAAACGGCGUCGUUUCAGCAUCAGCCUCAGUUCUUCACCAUAGCGAGACCUAUAUCCGCGUUUGUCUCUUCCCUGGUCACACCCGUUCAGCCUCAGCCAACCUCGAUAACGUCUUCAAGCAACGCUAACGCUUCCUCCACCGCGCCGUCGUCGAAGUCGGCGGCGAGAGCCACCGUCAUGGCUCCGACCACUACCACCGCCACCACCACUACCACGCAGAUGCUGAGGGAUUUCUCGUUGGAGAUUUACGACAAGCAGGAGUUGCAGUUCAUGUCGCGCGCGUCUUCCAAGCAUUGAGUGAGGAACGAGAAGAUGAACUUGAAUCUGGUUUCUUUGCUUCCGCCAUGAACAACGACGUCGUUGCUGCGGGAAAGAGGAAGAGCACGUGCGCACGUGAUGCGGGAUUAAAAAUGGUGGGGACCUCGUGCGUGUGGGUGUGGGUCAACACGAAAAGUGGAAGGCAUGGUGGGGACCCAGUGCGGGGUACCACACAACCUGUACCAGAAGCUCAGAACUACUAGCUCUACGGAGAGAAUUUUUCAUAACAAUUAAUUAGAAUAAAUUAUUUACAUUUUAAUUUUUAUGUAUUAUUGUUCUAAAAUAUUUUAUACUAUUCACCAAUCCAAAACUAAAGUACUAUGGUUUUUAAGAUGGUUAUCAUCAAAAUCAACGCAUUUAUUCUAUAUAA